UCUCUGCUUCCCGGUCUCUCCCCCUUCUUGCGUCUCCCUGCUUCAUCGUGGUCGGUGCCUUAGUGCUUAGUCGUCGCCACCGUUGCCUGGUGCACCUCCAGCGGCCACCGACGACGCCGCCGUAUUUAUCCCAGCAAGAAGGGUGUCCAUGGCUGCAGAGUCAAGCACCCAAGACUCAAGGAAACGGACAUUGGAGGCAUUGGAGAGGAGGCUUGCUGUUGCGAAAGCUGAGCUUCUCACACAACAGAAAAAAGGCAAAACGAAUGUAAAAGGAGUUGGGAAACAACAUCAUACUGCAAGUUAUACCUCUGAUUCCUCAUUGCUUUUAUGUGGUUCGUUGGACACGACUCCCUUGAGCACAUCUUCCAAGAAAGGGAAUUUCACUUUCUCUGGGCAGGCUACUUUACAAGGCAAUGAAGAAGAUACUCCAGCUUAUGCACAGUUCUCUCAAACUGUACAUGAAAAUCUCCUAGCAACUAAAGAAGAGUUUUCAUCUGGCAGAGAAAGUUCAGUAAAUAGCAUAUUGCAUGAGCUUCUUCAAAAGGGAGAUUCAGCGUCAAAGUACAUGCAAGGAUCAAAAAGCAUGAAAAUCGAUAACUGGAUCCUUCUUGAUAAUCUUGUACAAAGAUGUGGGGCAUCUUUUGGUUCUCGUACUAGGGCUUUGCGAGUUCAUUCAAAACGAUCCAAGAAACACAUGUCUAUGAAGCAGCACAAAAAGCAUGGUACAUUGGACCUUCCUCGAGAGCUCCAUCAAUUUGAUAUUUUCAGGCCAAUGCAUAAAUUAUGGAAAGGUUACAUGCAACAACUUCUCAAUGCUACUGGGAAGAAUCAAGUGGCUCAAUGUCUUCUUGAUGCAGAUCUACAUGGUGCCAUCAUUCUAGUUGUGGAGUGUAAGGUAACUUCUCUUACUGGAGUUUGUGGCAUAGUGAUUCGUGAAACUGCAGAAGCUUUUGGGGUAAUUACGGAAGGUAACAAAUUUCAAGUUAUUCCAAAAAGGAUUUCGGUAUUUGUAUUUAGUGUUGAUUGCUGGAAAGUCACUCUUUAUGGGGACAAACUUGCUUCAAGAAAGUUGGGAUCGUGAUAUUCUGAUUUCAGACUCGUUACAAUUGCAUACGUGCAGUUGAGAAGAGAAAAAUGGAAGAGUUUACAAUCAGUAGUGAGUCCAGGGAAGAAAAGAAUCAUAAGACCCUCAAGGUUUAAUCUUUUGUGGAGCAAUCUAUCAUCCGAAUCAGCGUAGUGAUUGAACUGUCUGGGACACUGGCUUAUGAUUCAUUGGGCGGAUGAGGGUUAUUCUGUGAUUGAACUUGUUGUAUUUACAGCAUUAUAUCUUUAAUUCAAUCUUAAUUGUAUGGAUUGAAUUAUCAUGUAGAAAAUAAAAACUAAUAUUCAUAACUUACUGGUCAAGUAAAAAUUUUGGUACAAUUUCAUGUAAUAUCUUGAUUUUUGGAAGGCAAUUUAGGGCUGUUUUGUUUAA